AUGAGUAAAAUAUGUUAAAAGCAUAAAAAAUACGAGGAAAAAUUUAUCUGCAUUCACAAAACAAGACUACAAAAAGAAGGUAACAAAUUUUCCUGCAUAAAAUGUUUAAACUGGAAAAAAUCAGACGAUUACUUAAAGAGUAUUGAUGAUGUUGAAGAAGAAGCAAAAUAAAAUGUAGCCAAAUAUGUAGAAAUGUAAAGCAAAAUAAUAAAUUCUAAUAAUGAAAUGAAGUAAAAAUAUCUUCAAUCAUUAACUGAACUUUAUCAUAAAUUAAAUCAAUAUUUUGAAAAUUAAUAAAAGUCCAUUACUUCCUUAGUUGAACAAUAAAAUCAAAUACUAACACAAAACAUUAACUAAGCUAAUUCACUUUUAAAUGAAUAAUCUGUUUUGGAUUCUCAAUCAAUUGACAAUUUCAUUAUUUUUACGACUUUAAAUGAAACAACUUAAAAAAUUAUUGAAAAUAAAUAUGUUUCUAUAAAUAAAUGUUUAGAAAGAUAAUUUAAUUAUGAAUUUGCUGAAAUCUAAUGUAAAGUAAACUAAUUUACAACGUUGGAGUUUAAAUUUGAUUCUAUUCCAAAAUAUGAAGUUGAAUAAUUCAAAAUUUUAACUGUUGAUAAAAAAAAAGAUAAAAUUCCCUAUUGCGAAGAACACUAAAUGAAAAAAAUAUAAAUAUGCACAUACGAAGAUUGUUUAGAAGAGCAAAAACAAGAAUAUCUCUGUUCAGAUUGUGCUAAGAAUAAUCAUGAAUAACAUUCAAAAGGUAAAUUUAUAAAAACUUUAUAAAAAAUAAAGAUUGAGCAGAAUGAGAAACUUAAAUUAAUUGAGGAGUAAUAUUAAAUCCUUUAAUAAGAAGUUGAAAACAGAAUUGAUAAAGAAUUAACAGCAAAUUAACAACAAUAAUAAGAAAUUUUCGUUAAUUCUUAAAAAAUAAGGGAAAAUCUUAAAUAUUUGGAAGCUUAGUCUAAAAUUAAUCCUUUCAACAAAAAUCCAAAUUUUAUUUAUAAUAAUAUUAAUUAAAAUUUGUUAUCAUAUGAUUCAGAUAUGAUCAAAUAAGAGUUUUAAUCAAAAUUAGCUUAAUUAGAAUAAUUAAAAUAACAAAUUACAAAAAUAAAAAAAGAAGAGUUUCAAUAAUAAUGCCAAACUACUGAAGAGUAAUCACUAACUGCUCAGUAAGAAGCAUUUAAAUAAAAAAAAUUAGUGUAAUAAUAUGAACUUUAAAUUUCAGAGUUAUAAAAGAAAUUAGAAAUUAAUUCAAAUUAAUCAUUAAUGAUAGAAAUUAAAAAUGCAUAAAACUAAUUGAUUGACUAAACCUUCAAAGAGCAAUAAAAAUAAUUUAUUGAGGGUAUUAAUGAGAUUAUAUCAUAAAUUUAAACUGUUUCAAAAGUUGUUACUGAAAGUAAACAUAUCAGUUCUUUGUAAUAAGAUUUGAAAAAUGCUAUAACAACAAUUAAUUAAAUUAAUUCAUAAAGUUACUUGAUACCAACUUUAUAAUAAGAAUUAAAAACUUCAACUAAUAGUUUAGAAGGAAUAAAAUCAUAAAUUACUAAUCUAACUAAUUUGAAUUAAGAUUUAAAAGUUAUUUAAAAAGGAAUGGAUGAGAUCAAAUCAUAAAUUUAAACUGUUUCAAAAGUUGUUACUGAAAGUAAACAUUUCAGUUCUUUGUAAUAAGAUUUGAAAAAUGCUAUAACAACAAUUAAUUAAAUUAAUUCAUAAAGUUCCUUGAUACCAACUUUAUAAUAAGAAUUAAAAACUUCAACUAAUAGUUAAGAAGGAAUAAAAUCAUAAAUUACUAAUCUAACUAAUUUGAAUUAAGAUUUAAAAGUUAUUUAAUAAGGAAUGAAUGAGAUCAAAUCAGAAUUUUAAAUUGAAAAUAAACAUAUCAGUUCUUUGUAAUAAGAUUUGAAAAAUGCUAUAACAACAAUUAAUUAAAUUAAUUCAUAAAGUUCCUUGAUACCAACUUUAUAAUAAGAAUUAAAAACUUCAACUAAUAGUUAAGAAGGAAUAAAAUCAUAAAUUACUAAUCUAACUAAUUUGAAUUAAGAUUUAAAAGUUAUUUAAUAAGGAAUGAAUGAGAUCAAAUCAGAAUUUUAAAUUGAAAAUAAACAUAUCAGUUCUUUUUAAUCAGAUUUGAAAAAUGCUAUAACAACAUUUAAUUAAAUUGAUUCAUAAUGUUCCUUGAUACCACCUUUAUAAUAAGAUUUAAAAUAUUCGGUGUAAGUUUAGGAAGAAAAAAAAAUAAUCCCCAAAGCCAAGUCGGGAUUAAAAUUUAGUUGAAAGUUUUUUAUAUAAAUC